AUGGACGCCAUCACGUACAGCCACGUGCUCUCGACGGGCGGUCACGGCCACGUCUGGCUCGGCCACUACGAGAACGCACCCGUCGCGAUCAAGACGCUCCGCAAUGUGCACUCGUCCGCGGCCCAAGCCGCCUUUGCGCGCGAGAUCCAGCUCAUGACGUCGCUGGCGUCCCCGCACAUUGUCUCGUGCCUCGGUGUCACGUGGUCGCCGGACGGUGACCUGCGGCUCGUGGUCGAGUACAUGGACCAGACAGACCUGCGCGAGUUUCUGCAAAAGACGAAUCCGAUCUCGUUUCCGUGGCCGCUCAAGGUCGCGUCGCUGACGAGCCAUCCUCCACCGCGACCUCAAGUCCAAAACAUCCUUCUCGACACAGUCAAAGGCACCAAGCUCAUGGACUUUGGCGAAGCGCGAGUGGAAGCGCCCGAGACGAUGACCGCGGGGGUCGGCACGUGCCGCUGGACGGCGCCCGAAGUACUUCGGGGCGGUCGCUACAGCGUCGCCGCUGACAUUUACUCGUUCGGCAUGGUCAUCGCCGAGAUGGACGCCCACAACAUCCCGUAUGCACUCGAACGAGAUCCGAGCACGGGGGCGCCGCUGGUCGACGCGAUGAUCGUAACGCGCGUGCUGCAAGGCUCUCUUCGCCCGGUCUUCUCGGCGGCGUGUCCAGCGUGGCUUCGAGAUCUGGCGCUGCGCUGUGUGGAGGCAAACCCUCAGAGUCGCCCAACAGCCGCAGACCUUGGCGCGCUCUUACGCCGUGGUGACCAUGGACAUAUGGCUGUCUGAAGAGCAAUACAUCAGUG